CAAUUAAACAAUGGGAGAUGGUCUCACUAAUUUAGAAUUGUUAACAACAUACCGGCAAUUUUUUUUUUUUUCAAUAAUAUAAAUAUUCUUAUAGAGAACAACAAAGUGUGAAGAGUAUUUUAUUGUAUGAUAAGGUUAGGCGGGAAGACUGUCGACGGAUAUAUUCGUGUAUAAGAGGGAUUUUCUUAGAAUUUGGCGUUCAUUUCUUAGAAUCGGUUUGAUUUGAGUAAAAAACGACGUAAUCGAGGAAUCUCUUCAAUUCUUGGAAAAAAAGUCUUUUAAUUUUUGCUGGUGGAAAUUAUAAUUGAAAUUUUUGCUGUCUUUCAAAUUAUUAUUAGAAAAAAAUUAAUUAUUAGUUUUUAAAGUUAAAGUUUUCUCUAUCAAUAUUAUAAAGGAAAUGCAAAAUUUUACAGAUUUCAACUUUUUAGAAUUAUUUCAAAAUUUGAAUAUUUCUGAAAGUGAUUUGACUAUAAAUGGAUUUUCAUAUCCAAUUUAUCAGGAAAAUGGACAAAGAGCCGUUGGUCCAGUAUAUAAAAACGGACAAAAAAUUAAAGGUCCAAAAAGAUAUGAGAAUGAAAUUUUUAUAGAUAAAAUACCAUGCUCUUGGUCUGAAAAUAAUUUAAUGAAUCUUUUGAUGAAAGCUGGCGUCGUAUAUUUUUUGAGAUUUUUAGUAAAUUUUUCUGGUCAAUCACGUGGAAUAGCUUAUGUACAAUAUCUAGGUGAUACUCCACCAUAUAUUAUUGUUGGAAAAUUGAAUCAUGUUUUUCGUAUAACUGGAAUAAAAAUUUAUGCGCAGAUUAGUAAAAAUUAUCGUCGAUUAAAAAUUGGGAAUAUUUUACCAAAAAUUCAAGAUGAAAAAAUUUCAAUAAUAUUACAACAAUUUGAAUGUAUUGAAUCAUAUUCAGUUAUAAGAGAAAAUAAAAAAAAAAGUUGUAUUUUAUCGUUUGGGAAUAAUAGACAAGCAUGUUUGGCAAGGCGUGUUCUACUAUCACAAUCAAGCAUAUUUGGGCCAAGUUCUUAUGUUGUUUGGUUUGACAAACCAAAAAAUAAUGUGAUGUAAAGUUCAGUUUUUUUUUUUUUUAUUUUUGGAAUAAGCUGAAAUGAUUUUCAUUAUGAUGAAGAA